AUGCACCUGACUUCGCUCGCGGCGCUGGCGUUUGCCGUGCCCGCAAAUGCGCUGAUUCGGUUCUCGUGCUCCCAACUUGUGGUAGAUCGCAUCGACCCCCUGGUGAACCCGGGUAUGGCGCCGUCCCCCCAUCUACACCAGAUCAUCGGCGGUAACUCGUUGAACGUGACGAUGGACCCCACUAAGGACAUGGCCGGCGAGUCCACCUGCACGACUUGCCAGUUUACCGAGGAUACCUCCAACUACUGGACUGCCGUUCUCUUCUUCAGGGCCCGCAACGGCACCUAUAAGCGUGUACCCAUCCGGCCCAAUAUCGGGUUUGACGGCGCUGAGGGCGGCAUGACGGUCUACUACAUGCAGAAUGGUUUGGCCGACUACCAGCAGCGAUCCAAGGUCACGGCCUUCAAGCCCGGGUUCCGCAUGCUAACCGGCGACGCGAUGGCGCGCACCGUCGACAAGGCCAACAAGUACAAGCAGAUCACCUACACCUGCUUGCAAGACAUGUACACUCGCUUCCCCGAGACCAGGGACCUGCCCAACAAGCCGUGCCCGGCGGGCAUCAUGGCGAACAUUCGGUUCCCGACCUGCUGGGACGGCAAGAACCUCGACACCGCGGACCACAUGGGCCACAUGUCGUAUCCGGCCAGCGGCACGUUCGACACACAGGGCCCGUGUCCCGAGUCGCACCCGGUGCCGGUGCCCCAGCUCAUGUACGAGACGGCGUGGGACACGCGCCAGUUCAACGACCUGAGCGAGUGGCCCGAGGACGGAUCGCAGCCCUUCGUCUGGAGCAUGGGCGACCACACCGGCUACGGCAGCCACGGCGACUACCUGUUCGGCUGGAAGGACGACUCCCUGCAGAGGACGAUGGACACGCCGUGCUACGUGACGUGCCCGACCCUGACGACGCAGUCGAUCGCGGAGCAGAACAAGUGCAGGAUCGGCCGCGCGGUCGAGGAGGACAUCGACUCCUGGCUACCCGCGAUGCCGGGGGAUCCGGAGAUAAGCAAGACGUGGUGA